UGACGCAUCUACGUUUCUAAAGUUAAAAGAGGUUUUCAGAGCGGAGACUGUUGAAGCUGGUUCCACUAGUGUCUGUGGAGACCCGGGUGGGAAUGACCUUUUCAUUUUCAGAGUUGGAUCAGAUUUCAGAGAUGAGUUUUAUCUUCCCAUCCAGCAGAUGGCGGAAAUGCAACAUUUGGACCAGCCGCCAUUAAAACACCAACGAAGAAGUAGCAGGCAAAGAAGAAGAAAUAACCGGAAGUACUUGGCUGCUGCGGUGCUGCUAAUGGCUAACCGCUUUGACAGCCCAGAUUUUGACAAAUGGAGGAUCAUAAUUAUUAUUUAGCAGAAGAAAAAGCGAAGGAGCGGGAACCGUCACCGUCACGGAAGCGGAAACACAAAGAAGAAAAACGGAAUCGGGUCAUUCGGCUGCAGAAAACGAGGGUAAACAUCGGUGUGGCCUUUCCUAAAUGGAAAUCUCUGAUGAGGGAAAAAUGUUUUCAAAGUGACGCUGACGUUGCCUGUUUUCUGUUGGAAAGCCACGCGAGAAGCAUCACAGCACUGACGACCAUGAAGAGAAAACCUUCACAGGACACAGCUCCAGCAGUGUCGAGCUCUGGAUCUUCCAGUGGGACAGAAAGUUUCGGACGGCUUUACAAGAGAAAUGGCAAAAUCUACAGCGUCUACACCCUGAAAUCUGAUAAAGCCUCCAGGCACCUCUCUGAGUGGCAAACAAGGAUUGUGAAGAGGAGGAUCACAGGUGAAGAGGGGAUGCCUCAGUGGAGGAACCUUCAAACAGAUGAAGAGCCCAGAAGUCUGGAUGUGGUGCCCCCCACACCUGCAGCAGCCACAUCAGGACUGGUCCAGAGAUCUGUCGGGACAGAUUCAGAUGUCCAGCAGCUGUUGGUGAUUAAAGAUGUUCCCCCUGAGUGGAGCCCCAGCCUGGACCAGGAGGACCCAGAGCCCCUCCAAAUAAAAGAGGAGCAGGAGGACCCAGUGCUCCUCCACAUUAAAGAGGAGCAGGAGGACCCAGGGCCCCUCCACAUCAAAGAGGAGCAGGAGGACCCAGGGCCCCUCCACAUUAAAGAGGAGCAGGAGGAAGUGUGGAGCAGUCCAGAGGGAGAGCAGCUCAGUGGGCUGGAGGAGGCUGAUAUCACCAGGUUGACUUCUGUUACUGUGAAGAGUGAAGAUGAUGAAGAGAAACCUCAGUCCUCACUGCUUCAUCAGAGCCAAACGGAGGACAGCAGAGAGACAGAGCCUCCAACCAGCAGCUCAGCUAUGCAGAUAAAAACAGAAACUGAUGGAGAGGACUGUGGAGGAUCAGAACCAGCCAGGAACCUUGAUCCACAUGGUCAUUCACAACCAAAUACUGAUGAUGAGAAGGCUUCAGACUCUUCUGAGACUGAAGACAGUGACAUUGAUUGGCAGGAACCCAUGUCAGAUUCUGGGUCUGAGACUGAAGAUUGUGUCAGUGUUUGGAAGGAGACCAGGACAGCUGAGUCUGCUGUAAAUGUUGAGGGAUGUGAUGCUGGCCAAAAAUCCUCGAGCGUCUUUCAGUAUAGUAAACAGUUAAAUUACAGGGGGUUUGUUCAGAGACACAUGAAAGCUCAUUUUGGAAAAAGGUCCUCCAGAUGUUCUGUCAGUAAGAAAUGUUUUAGAGUGAAGGAAAACGUAGAUGCACAGGUGAGCGACGACGCAGAAGAGAAACUGUUUGGUUGUGAUGUUUGUGGGAAAACAUUUAGACAACAGGGAAAUCUGAAGGCACACAUGAGAGUUCACACAGGAGAGAAACCAUUUGGUUGUGAUGUGUGUGGGAAAAGAUUUAACCAGCAGGGAAACCUGAGGACGCACAUGAGGAUCCACACAGGAGAGAAACCAUUCGAAUGUAAGUUUUGUAAGAAAAGAUUUGGAAUACAGCAUCACUGGCACUCACACGUGAGAACCCACACAGGAGAGAAACCGUUUGAAUGUGACGUGUGUGGGAGUAGAUUUAACCAGCAGGGAGGUUUGACAAGACACAUGAGAACCCACACAGGAGAGAAACCGUUUGGCUGUGAUGUGUGUGGGAAAAGAUUUUUACGGAAGGGAAAUAUGAAGAGACACAUGCAGAGUCGAUAUUGUACUGUUCAGGUUGUUGUGAAAGAUCAAUAAAGAAAAUGUGUUGAUAACAACCACGAUAA